AUGGCGGGACGGCGAGUUAGGGUUUCGAGCCACAGCGUGGGGAACAUGGGCGAGAUAACCUCCGCCUCCCGCGUGCCUCCCCGCGCGCCGGGGCCAGGUCGCGGGGGUCCCGUGGGCCCUCCUAGCAGGGAUCUUCGCAGGCCGAUUUCGUACGAUUCGCAGCAGUUCGCGACGUCAGACGACCUCGCGGAUGGCACCCACGUCGCCAGUUUCGCCGGCGGUGGUAACCAGGUGGAUGCUGGGGCUCGACAUCCCUCGAGUGGCAGCAGCGGUCUCGGCAGGGGCGACGGAUUAGGAAGAGGAGGAGCAGGAGGCGGCGGCGGAGGCGGUGGUGGGAGUGGCGGUGCGGGUGGAAGCGGUAAGGAGUUACCGGGUGCAGGCCCGUCCCCCGCGGAGUGGUCGAGGGAAGGCGCAGGGGAGAGGCAAACGGGGCAGGGGGGGGUGGAGGGGCGCGCAAUGGGUGCGCCUGGGCAAGGGAUGCGGGCAGCAGCAGCAGGAGCACGGACUACCUCCCCUGUGGAUGGGCCAAUUGGGGAGAGGCCUUCCAGGGACGGCUUUCCUGGGGGAGAUGCCAGCGGUAGGCGCCUGGCAGGCGGUCGGGGGGGAGGGCGGGGGGCUGUGGUAGGAAGGGGAGGCGGCGGCGGCGGCGGCGGCGGCAGGGGCGGCGGUUGUGGCGGCGGUGGCGGCGGUGGCGUUCGAACGACCCCGCCGACGUCCCCCCUGGCGAGCCUAACGCACGAGGACUUUGUGGCGUUUGAGGGGUACGAACGCAACCAGGACGCCAUUCACAGCGUGCUGCAGGCCGCCAGGGACCUCGUUGUGGACUGCCAGCACGAGGGCGUGUGGGAGUCCGAAGCCACUCUCAAGCCGUGGCGCGGUGACGCCGAGCCGGACCGGCAGGUUCGGCAGCAGGGAAGAGGUGGGUCCGAGCCUGCGAGGGAGCCUCGGCGGCAGAUGCGUGGCGGGUCCGAGCCUGAGCGGCAGGCGUGGCAGGCUAAUUCGUACAGACAGAAGGAGAGGGAAGCACAGGAGCUUGUGGAGCCGAGGAGAGGAGUAGAUGGUGCGUAUGGGAGCGAGGAAGAAGAGUACCGACAGCAGGGGCAGCAGGGGCAGCAGGGGCAGCAGGGGCAGCAGGUGCAUCAGGUGCAGCAGGGGCAGCAGCAGCAGGGGCAGUACCAGCAGCACCAGGCACACCAGCAGCAGCAGCGGCGGCGGCAGCAGCAGCAGGAGGAGUGGGAGAGGAGGAACGGGUCGUACAGCGACCAGAGCUCGCUGGGCGAGCGCGCAUGCAGCAGCCAGCGCGCGUCCAGCGCGGAGCGCACUGCGCCUGGCGACAUGGGGUCGUUCGGGGAGCAGAGGCAGGGGGGCCACAGCGCGCAGGAGAGGGGCAGGGGGGCUGGCCACCCGGAGCACGCGUCUGGGUCUCCCCUUGCUGCUUCCAGCAGCAGCGCUAUUGCUGGUCAGGUAGGGCGAGGGAGAGCAGGGGCAGGGGGGGGGGCUCGGGAAGGGGAAGGAGCAGGGGGAGAGGAAGGGGCAGGGGCAGGGGAUGGAGAAGGGGCAGUGGGAGGAGUGGGUGGGGCGGGAGGCAUGAGUGUGGUGGAUGGGGCGGCGCGGAGGAAGAAGAGGGCAGAGCGGCUGCAGGCAGUGCGGUACCGCGAUGCCAUGGCUGCCGCUGGCAUGGCCGCCGCUGGCAUGGCCGCUGCUGGCCCAACCGCCGCCGCUGCCCCCCAUCCUGGUGCUCACCACCCUGCUGUCUCUCCUGCUGCUGAUGCUGCUGGGGAUUUUGCUGGGGAUGUUGCUGCUGGUGUUGGUGCUGCGAGGGGCGGUGGGGCAGCAGCGGGGGCAGUGCCCAACCGUGGGGACGGGGCGGGGGGGCAGGGCGAGACGAGUCAGCAGCACAGGCGGAUGGUGAGUGUGGACGAGAUGAUUCGAGCGUCACGGGAGCAGCGGCGUGCCAAGGCGGCUGCGGUGCACACGGCAGCAGCAGGCCCGUCGGCGGUGGAUUUCUACCUGGGCUUUGAGGAUGUGCCCCGCCACCUCCUGCACCAUGCUCUCGCUGGCGGCAUGACCGCUGGGGGAGGGGUGGGCGCGGGGGGGGUUGUGGGGCAAGCAGGAGGGAUGGGGGCGGGAAGGGGGGAAGGUGAGGCAGGAGGGAAAGGAGGGGUAGGGGGAGGAGGAGGAGCGCUGGUUGGGAGGAGAGCAGAGGAAGGAGGGAGAGGAGGGGCGGUGGGAAUGGAUAGAGCAGGACAGGGCGGUAGCAGUGGUGGCAGCAGCUGGGCCAGGGAGGAGAUGGGCGUGAGAGCGGAGGGGCAGGUGGGCGAGAGGCGAGGGGGUGGGGUAGGCGGAGCGGAGGCGGGAGGGGCAGCCACGAGGGGGGGAAGGGGGCGGAGGCAGGCCAGUGCGUGUGAGGUGGGGCUGCGAGCCAUGGGGGAUGGGUUGGGGUAUGGGUAUGGGGACGAGGGUCGUGAGCAGGAACGAGAAUACGGGCAGCAGGAAAAGUAUAGGCUGGAGCAGCGGCAGGAGCAGGAGGCGAGUGAGCACCAGCAGCUGCUGCAGCAGAUGAGGCGGAGGAGGCUGCAGAGCGGCAGUGGCAGUGGCAGUGGCAGCGGCACUGGUAACAGCAUCAGUGGUGGUGCUGCCUCUGCUGCCACUGACGUUUCUCCCCAUGCUGCUGCUGCUGCUGCCGCUGCUGCUGCUGCUGCUGCUGCUGCUGCUGCUGCUGCUGCUGCUGCUGCUGCUGGUGGUGACAGUGGUGCGAGUGGUCGGCUGGCUGCAUUCCUGGCAGACGCUGCCAGGCUGGCAUCAGGGGAUGGCAGCUUCAGCAGCCAGGAGGGAGGCCGGGAUAGCAGUGAUGGGGAGAUUCUCACUGACACUAACACGCAUGCCAGUGCUGCUGCUGCUGCCUUUACAACUGUUGGUUCUGAAGCUAAUUCUACUGCGCGUGCUACUGGUGGCGUGGGAGGCAAAGACGGCUAUAGGAGGUCCAGGCUGGGGAGUGGGCAGGAGAGAGGUGCGGCAGGUUGGCUUGAAUCAGCAGCAGCUGCUGCCCCCGCAGCAGGAGCAACAGAGCUGGGCGGUGGCGAGGGGGAGGAACAGCAGCAGCAGCAGGUGGCAGCACGGCAGCCCAAGUACAUGAUCCAACAGAUGGAGCAGCAGCAGUCAAACACAAUGCACGGCCAGGAAGGCCAGCAGCACCACCCACCCCAAAGCAAACCUCUCCAUAUCAACCUCGCGCAAAACAACCUUCCCCAGGAGCGUGUGGAGCAGCAGCAGGGUGUGGCUGUGGUGGUGCGCGACGACCCGAUGGGGCAGGUGGCGGGCAUCACGGACCACAUCCUGCGCAUGCCCUACGAGGACGUGCGCGCGCGCUACUCCCUGGGCAAGCACGAGAUCGGGGCGGGGCGCUUUGGGUCCAUCCGCACGUGCCUGGAGCGCGCCACUGGCCGCGUGUUCGCGUGCAAGACCAUCGACAAGUCCAGCAUCACUUGCAUGGAGGACGCGGAGGACGUGCGCAGGGAGGUGGCGUUCCUGGCGCGGCUGCAGGGCCACCCGCACAUCGUGAACCUGCAGGGCGUCAUGGAGGACGAACAGAGCAUCCGCGUGAUAAUGGAGCUGUGUGCGGGCGGGGACCUGUUUGACUGCAUCAAGGCGCGCGGGCAGCUGUCGGAGCGCACGGCAGCGCUGGUGCUGAGAGCACUGAUGGGCGCGCUGCAGCACUGCCACGCGCACGGCAUCCUGCACCGCGACGUGAAGCCCGAGAACAUCCUCAUGGCUGAUCGCACUGACGACCGCAAGGGCAUCAAGCUCAUUGACUUUGGCGUCGCCACCAGUCUCGACCAAGCUGGCCCAUGCAGCGAGGUGGCGGGCACGCCAGAGUACAUGGCACCAGAGGUGCUGGAUGCGGUAUACGGUGUGGAGGCGGACAUAUGGAGCGCGGGGGUGGUACUCUACGUGAUCCUGUCGGGCGUGCCGCCCUUCUGGGCGUCGACGAAUCGCACGUUGGAGGAGGCGAUACGGCGCAAGAAGGUGGACUUCAAGUACUUCAAGUGGGCGGGCGUGUCGGACGACGUCAAGGAGCUCAUCAUGCGCAUGCUCAAGAAGAACCCUCGCUCGCGUAUCACCGCACAAGAAGUGAUGA